GCUCGGAGGGGCGGAACAUGGCCCUUUGGUUCAGGCUAAAGCUCCGUGGUUUGGCUGAGAUUCUCCGCAGAAGUGGUCCUCUUCAGGCCCAGUUCACUCACAGAACCAGUCUUUCUCUGCUUGUCCAGAAGCGGUCAUGUCAAACUCAGACAGGGUUGUUUUGGCUCUGGGAGGAGCGGGGACGGUGGGUUCUGGUAUAGUCAAAGCCCUGCUGGAUAAAGGUUUUAAAGUUGCAGUGAUCUCCAGAGACAGCAGCAGACUGGAGAGACUUCAGACCUUAGUCACUCCCAACACCAAGGAGAAUCUCAUCACUGUGGUGGGAAAUGUGGGCUCAGAAGAUGGAGCAGAACAGGCAAAGCAGGUUCUGCUGAAGCAGGUGGGGAAGGUGACCGAUAUCGUUUCUUCUCUGGGCUUCAGCUGGUGGCAGGGCGGCCCCCCACACACCCAGUCCCUCAAGGACCUGCAGUGGGUAAUUGAGACAUUGCUGUUCAGCACGUUUGUGUCCUGGAAGACUUUUUUCCCGUUGGUGAGGGACAACUCCGACUACAGCUACACCUUCAUCACAGGAGGAGCAGGAGAGAAGCUGCUGAUGCCAGGGACUGGCUUCCUGACGGUGGGGGCUGCCAGCGCUCUGGCGUUCUGCCAGGUGCUACGAGAGGAAUACCCCGAGGUGCCCUGCAAACUCAACCAGGUAAAGAUCAACAUUGGUGUAGUGACUCCAGAGCGCAUGGUACCUGGCUACCUGAACCACCUGGACCUGGGCGCAGCAGUCGCAGCCCUGGUGGAAAGAGGAAGCACCUCCCACUCUGUGUUCACCAUCAGCAGCCCUGCAGACUUAAAGACUGUGCUUCUGGAGGGGAACCAUUAGAGAACCGUGUCCCUUCAGAACCUUACAUCCAGCUGCCUCUGCUCCGGGGUUCUUCUUCACAAACACAUUCUAACAGCUUUGCUUGUUUCAUGUGUUAUGUAAUAAUGUCCUUCAUGUUCAAAGAUGAUCAGGUCAUGUUUUUGCAUGUGAUGUUUUAAUAUCUAAAUGUUUCUGCACAAGUUUCCAUGUUGACAUCCACAGCAAAUAUGAUACCUUUUUGCAGAUUAUUAGAAACGUCUUGUAUAAGAACAGAUUUCUUAAGGAACCAACAGCAGCACUGAGAUGUCUGAUAAGUUUCUUAGGUCAGAAGUUUAAAUAUACUCUUUACAGGAAUGGAGAUCAUUUAUUUAGAGCUAUUAAAGACCAAUUUAAACUGG